UUCGCUUUCUGUCAGACUAGAGGAUCUGCUUGCUUGAUGAUGGGAACCGGGGAGUUUGUGUGCGUGACGCUGCGCGGCGGCGCGCCGUGGGGAUUCAGACUCCGCCAGAGCGCGCACGAAAGCCAACAUCCAAUCCAGCUGCUUCAGAUCGAGGCUGGCAGUCCUGCUGCGCUCGCUGGCCUGUGUGAGAAUGACGAGCUACUGUCAGUCAAUGGAAAGCCAUGCUCGAACCUCAGUCUCUCCGACACUAUAGAUCUCAUCGCGGCCUCAGCUGACUGUCUGCAGCUGCUCGUCAAAAGAUGCUGUAGCCAACCUCAAGAGGGCGUUGAACUGGUUAGCACUACUUUUCGGAUCCCUUCUCCAUCGAGGCCUCAUGAAUCUCAGCCACAGGACCUGUACAUUUCCGAGUCCCAGGAUGAAGCGUAUUAUGGGGAAACAGACAGCGAUGGAGAAAGUGCUGUGGGAACUCGAUUGGUCCGGACCCAAAUUCAAAUACCUGCAUCUAGGAGUAAAGAAAGAGGAACUUAUGCACAAGUCGGCGGAGGAUCUGUGGUCGAACUGCAGCUCUCGUUGUCCAAGACCACCCUGAAGGAACCGGAUUGUACUGCACUAGGUAGUGCAUGUGGAGUUGUGGGAGAUGUUUAUCACAGGGAAACGGAUGAGAGCAUCAUCUCUCCAGAAAUCCCGCUUUAUGUUCCCAGACAAAACCGGCAACCCCUUGGUCAGCGGGGUGUGUUGAUUAGCAAAGCCAGUUGUUUGCCAGGACAGGUGGAGGUAACAGUGCAGCAGAUUUCUGCUUCAGGAAAGGAGGGGGGGAAGGCCAGUGAACGGUUGGAUUCUGGUGGGGAAGAAGGAGGGAACAUUGAAGAAGCUCCCACCUCCUCCUCUGUGUCCUUUGGACUUCCCUCAGAGGAGUGGGACUCCGAAUCGGAGCGGGAGGUCUACCAGCCCAACAAGCACCGGGCAAGGCACGCCAGGCUCCGGCGCAGUGAGAGUCUUUCAGAGAAGCAGGUGAAAGAGGCCAAGUCCAAAUGCAAGCGCAUUGCUCUUCUGCUGUCUGCUCCGGCCCCCAACCCCAAUAAUAAGGGGGUGUUGAUGUUUAAGAAGCAUAGACAAAGAGCCAAGAAGUAUACUCUUGUCAGCUACGGUACUGGUGAGGACGAGUCCGAUUAUAAAGACGAAUACGACGACAGUGACAAGGAGGAACAUGCUGUUGAGUUCACUGUCCUAGCCACAAGUGAAAAAGAAAUUGGUACCGAUUUCUUCACCAAUGCCUCAGCUCAGAAAAGUAUUGUGAGCUUUGAUUGGGAUACUGGAUUACUCGAGAUAGAACGCAAGCUUGACAACCAGCAGGAUAUGGAAGCUCUGCCUGAGACCAAGGGUAAAGGAGCACUCAUGUUUGCCCAGCGCAAACAGCGCAUGGAUGAGAUAGUAGCUGAGCAUGAAGAGCUGAGACGUAAGGGGAUCCCUGUUGAAGCAGUGCAGGAGCCUGAGACUCAUCAAACAUACCAACACAUGGAGGAGCAUGCUUAUAUGCAUGCCCAAGAGACCCAGAAUUACAUGGAUGUAAAUUUACACCACAGCAUGUCUGCUCAAAAGCAGCAACAGCAACAGCAACAACAAUAUCAUCAGUACCAAGAACAAUACUAUCAACAGCAGCAGCAGCAGCAGCAGUAUCAAGACUACCAACAGCAGCUACAAUACCAACAACAACAACAACAUCAGUAUCAACAACAGCAAGAAUAUCAGCAGCAAAAAAUGUAUCAACAAAUGCAAUCAUACAAUCAGCAACAACACUUCCAACAGCAGAAAGUUGAACAGUACUCACAUCAAAUGAAUGGGAUGUAUGAUCAGCAAACGCAGAAUGAAAUGCAGGCAUCAGUAGCAAACAGGAGUGCCAAACCAUUUUCAACUCAAAACAGAGUAGCUGUUCCAUUUUCCUCCCCUCCAAAUGCAGACAAUCAAGAACAAUCUGGGUAUUCUUUAGGGCAAGGUGAACAGAUCGCCUCCCGUGAUGAGCGUAUAUCUGUACCUGCUAUCAAGACUGGUAUCUUGCAAGACACAAGGAGGAGGAAUGCCAGUAAACCUAUGUUCACUUUUAAAGAGUCUCCCAAGGUUUCACCUAAUCCCGCUCUGUUGAAUCUCCUUAACAGGAAUGACAAGAAAGCAGGUUUUGAGUCUUGCCCAGAAGAAGAUUAUUUAAGCUUAGGGGCUGAGGCAUGCAACUUUCUUCAGUCCCCUAAGAUGAAACACAAAACUCCACCUCCAGUAGCUCCGAAACCUCACAUUAACCCUGCUUCUCCUCCAUGGACUAGUCCAGAAAACGCUGACCAACCUAACACACUGCAAGUUGAAAACAGUGUCCCAGGACCUGCAGAAGCUCCAGUCACAAUGGCUGAUGCUGCUCCUGUCCCCACCCCUAAAUUGGGAGUCCAAGUCACGUCUGAAGAAGAACCUACGUUGGCCUCUGAAUCUCAUGAUGUUUCACACAGUCCUGAAGAACUUGCUCCAGCUCAUGCCUGGAAACAACCGGAAGCUCAGAUGGAGCAGAACCAGCAACCAGAAACCUGGAAUGAGAAACAGCCACAGCUACAAAUGAACUCUUCUCAUCCUGUGGCACCACCUGUUACCCAGUCAGAUCCAUCUGCCAGAUCGUGGGAUCCAGCCUUAACCCAAGGUCAUGAGCAGAAUCCAGUAAGUAGUUGGGGUCCAAAUGAAGUCCAAAUGCAAGUCCCAUCUCAAACACAGCCACAGUGGAUGACGCAAUCUCAAGCUCCUCCAGAGGUACAAUCACAAGUGCCUCCUAAAACUCAGUCCCAGCCUUCUUGGGUAACUCAGGUUCAAUCCUCACCCCAACUCAAGCAUCAGCCACAGCCUCAGUCCCAAAUAAAUGCUUGGGCACCAAAUCCAACAUCACAAGCCCCAUGGUCUCAACCAUCACAACCAUCUACUGGUGUUUGGCAACAAGAUCAAAAUCAAGCUCAAGAACAACCACCCUGGACCCAGGAGCAACAAUUCCAAGAAUCUCAGUUAAUGCCACAUUGGGCACCACCCCCUCAGCAACAGCCACAGCCUCCUUGGGCUCAACCUCAGAGGCAGACACAGCCACAGCCACCUUGGGUCUCUCAGGCCAAACAGCAAGAACCAGCACAGCCACCGGUAAAUGCAUGGACUCAAUCACAGAGUCCAAUUCAAGCACAGCCUCAAUGGCCUCAGCAGAGUCAACCACCGCCUCAGCCCACAGCACAAUUGCAGCAACCUGUGAAUCCUUGGACACAAAUGCCACCCCACCCCCAACCACAACCACACUGGGGACAAGAACCUACUUCUCAACAACACCCUCAACAAGUAAUGAACUCUUGGGCACCUGAGCAGAAUCAAAUUCAGCCUCCCUGGGCUCAAGGAAUGCCACCAACUCAUCCCCAGGCACAUCCUCCAUGGGUACCAAAACCUCAACAGCAAGCAUCACAGCCACCUGUGAGCCAAUGGGCACCACCACAGUCUCAACCAGCUGUAAAUACUUGGGCUCCCCAAAACCCACAAGGUUCAGUUGAAAGCCAAAAGUUGCCUGCCCAACCAAUUAAGCAGUGGAGUCCACCUCAGCCCACUCCUCCACGUCGAAUCAACUCGUAUACCACUGGGACAAAAGUACCAUCUCCCGUGCCAGCAAGCAGUACUGUGGCAUCCCAUGGUUUUGGUUCGGCUUUUGAGAUGCCGGCAUUGAAAGGGAAAGGGGCAGAACUUUUCGCCAAGAGGCAAUCCAGAAUGGAGAAGUACAUUGUGGAUUCUACCACAGUGCAGUCAAAUAAGGCAAGACCGUCUUCACCUUCUCCUUCUUUGCCAACUUCCUGGAAAUAUUCACCCAAUUGUCGGGCACCCCCACCUUUGGCUUAUAAUCCAAUUCAUUCACCAUCAUAUCCCCCAGGUGCUGUCAAGCAGUCUCCCUCCUCUAGCUCUUCCACAGCAAACAAAAACAAAAGCAAAGACAAGGGAAAACCUGCCCCGAAACCUCUUCAUGUUCUUGAUGUCAUGAAGCAUCAGCCCUAUCAGCUGAAUUCCUCCCUUUUCACUUAUGGCCCAGCGGCAGAGAAACUUGCUGCAGAAAAAGAGGCAGCUGAAAAGCUUGCAGCUCAAAAAGCAGCUGAGGCUCAGGCUCAAGCCCAAGCCCAGGCUCAGGCCCAAAUUCAAGCUCAAAACCAGCAAAUGGCAUAUAACCAAGGCCCUCCCCCUUAUGGUUUUAUGCCGCCUCAGGCCCAGCAACCUUACGGGAUGGCUGGUCAGCCACCAAUGCAUGAUGGCAUGUACCACCAAGCCCCUCCAAAUUCAUAUCAACCUACUCCUAAUGUUUAUCAGCAACAUCCUCAUCAAGUCCAAUAUCAACAGGAAUACAACCCCCAACAAGCUUACCAACAACCCCCUUUAAAUGCAUACCAACAGGCACCAAGCCCUCCCUACCAACAGUCCUCCCCACCCUCCUACCAGGCAGGUCCUACUCCAGCCUAUCAAACUGGACCUGCAAUGGCCUACCAACAAGCCCCUAGUUCUUAUGUUGUUCCAUCUUACCAAGUAGCAGCAAGGGCUGACUCUGCCUCAGGAAGCAGUGUUACUGCUGCCCCCAAGCCUAAAUUUUCAGCCAAGAAAAGCGCUGCCCAGGUUUGGAAGCCAGGCACUGCUGAAAAAUAGUUUUUUUGAAUAGGGAUUUUCCGACAUGUUAUUACCUCAAUGCAGGGGUGUCCAAACUCGUGCACCCUGCAUAUUUUAGUCCAACCUCAAUUAGACACACCUGAACUAGCUAAUCAAGCACUUUCUAGGUAUACUAGAAACUUCCAGGCAGGUGUGUUGAAAGAAGUUGAAGCUAAACUAUGCAGGACAUCGGCCCUCCAGGGCUUGGACACCCCUGCCUUAAAGGGAUAGUUUGCUUCUAAACAAAACUUGUUCCAAAGAUGUUUGAGUUUUAUUCUUCUGUUGAACACAAAAUAAGAUAUUUUAAAGAUUUAGUUUUUUUUCCCAAUGCAAUCACACAUUAACUCAUAACAUUUAGACUUAUGGGAUAUUCAUAUUCAUUUGUUCAGUCUCAUGCGUACAUUAUAGUAUGAAUUGCUCACACUCCAAUGAUGGAUAGGUUUAAGGGUGGGGUUUAGGGGCACGAUGGCUCAGAGGUAAACACUCAUGCCUCACAGCAAGGAGGUCGUUGGUUCGAGUCCCAACUGGGGCAGUUGGCAUUUCUGUGUAGAGUUUGCAUGUUCUCCCUGUGUUGGCGUGGGUUUCCUUCGGGUGCUCUGGUUUCCCCCGGCAA